AUGCCGUUCCUAACGCCAACCGAUCGCCAGCGGCGCAUUAUCCAGCUCUCGCAAGAAUGGGGAGUCCACCUACCUCCAGCUACGGCACCUCUCACGAGACCCCACAACCCGCCCUCAUUUUGGACACCAAAAGAUGACGAAGUAGCCGAGGAUCUGAUGCAACGACGAGCGUCCGAGCUCUCGCAGUCUCGGCGUCAAAGUAGUUUAAGCAAGGCGUUUUCGUCCAAUGAUUUGAAGAAGGGCAAGACCUGGGAUCCUCGCGAGGUGCUCGAGGUGCUCAGUUCGUGGAUAGCCAAUUCAGGGUCGCCGGGUGUGGCGGAGGCGCUGAUGUCGAAAUUGUCUGCGGCGGGCGUUGACUUCAGUGGAAAUCAAAUAAAGCAAAAGGGCGGUAUCUUAAACCGGAGAAAGAGUGUCGAGACCUUUGUUGAUCGCUUAAAAUUUCUGAAGCUUGCUGUCCAAGGCAACCAGUAUGAGAUGCUGCAGGUAUUACUCCCGCACGCUGACGGAUUCUCCAUCGAUCAGGCACUUGCUCCUGCUAUACGCACUGGAAACACACGAGUUGCCGAGUUGCUAUUAAGAUAUGGAGCCUGUGCUUCCCAAACACCUGAAGGCCAGGACGCCUUUCGCCAAGCCUGCGUUGUUCCGAGCCAGGCGCACAUGAUUGGAUUGCUAUUGCGUUCGGAAAGCCGACCAAACGCGGCGUGGACAUCAGCGUGUAUGUGUGAUGCAGCAAGAUCAGCCUGUCUAGAAACCGUGUUGCAUCUUAGCAGGUCGACGGCGGAUGGCAACCACAAUCACGCUGAAGCCUUGAAAUUGGCCAUUACACUUGGACGACAAGACAUCGCAUUGGCGAUAAUCAUGGGGAACCACCCGCCACACGGGCCUGGGCUAGACGAGGCAUUCCAAAUCCUUUAUGAGCACCCAUCACUCGACCCAGUGACAAAACUUGCCACGGCGGAAUUGCUUCUAUGCGCAGGGGCGCAGGGCGAUGUGUUGUCACAGGCCCUCGAAAGUGCAUGCGAAACACAGUUCUACGAAAUGGCAAAACUCUUGGCUAGAUACGGCGCAUCAAUUGAAUACAAUGAUGCCACCGUGCUGAAGACAGCGAUCGCUCGUGGUCAACUGGACUUGGUGAGCUCUCUGCUGACUGAUUCAGCCAAGUUGAGCCCUGCUUUGGCAUCCAGUUGUGUGACUAUGAUUGCGAAGCAAGCGCCGUUUGAGACGCGAGCCAUGGUUCUUAGUUUGCUUUUGCGGAAAGGUGCAAAAGGGGUCGCAUUGGACGAUGUGCUCAUAGACGCGGCUGAAGCCGGCGACAUGGAGUCUAUUGACUUGUUACUAAACCCCGUCUAUCCAGAGUCCACCCCUAUCACCCCCAAUGGUUCGAACAACACUUGGCUCUCGAACGGGAGACCACGCCAUGAGGUCGCCUCCGUUGACCAUAGAUCUGGUGAAGCUUUGCGAACCGCAGUGUCGCGAGCCGACGCGGCCAUGACGGAUAAGAUUCUUUCCGCUCAGCCAACGGCUAAAACUUUGUCAAUCGUCUUCCCUAUGUCCAAGAAGCUGUCGCCCAAAGACCGCUAUCGAAUGGCCCAACUGUUCUUGAAGAGAUCAUUGUCCGGCCCUUGUCUCCACGCAGCGUUGCAUGACGCAAUCAAUGAAGAUGCUUCACAACGGGACAAUGCCCUGAUCAAGCUCCUGUUGGAGCACGAUGCUGAUAUCAAUUUCAGCCACGGCCCGGGACUGGCUGCUGUCAUCAAGCAAAAGGAUAUCAAACUGCUCGGGUCACUCUUGCAUAAAGCAUCGCCACAAACUGCUGCUGUCCACGUGAUGGAUGUCAUGGAGGUUUCAGACCAUAGGGAGCGUUUUGAGAUGAUGUCAAUGCUGAUUAACGCUGGUGCUGUAAUUGGGGCUCAGGAAAUUGGAACCGCGCUGUCACAAACCCUUUCCGAAAAGCCCGUCGAUAUGUCGCUGUUACGACUGUUAUUGCAACAAGGAGGCGCCGACAUUAACCUGCUUGAAGGUGCGAUGGCGAAGAAGGCGGUUUCGAACCCAGAUCCAAAGGUCCUGGAUAUGGUCUUUGCAAACAGCCGACCAUCCCCAACAACGGUAACCUGCGCAUUCAAUGAAUUUGCCCCGCUUCCAUCGACGGAGGGUAAGGCUUGGAAGCUGCGCGCCAUCUUAACCAAGUCCAAGCACAAGGAAGAUUUGAACUGGGUGCUGGUACACGAGGUCCAGUCACUAUUAAAGACGAAUGCUAGCAAAGCGUCGUUGUCGACAUUGAAGAUUCUGCUCGACAGCGGUGCAGAUCCAAAUGCCUACAAAGCCGCUGCCCUUUGCCAUGCCGUCAUUGGCGCAAACGUCAAGAUUACCGAUAUGUUACUGGAAUCAAAAACACCCGCUUCUGCCGCCGCACUGGGGGCAGCGCUUCCGCAUGUACUUCGAAUUACUGAUCCUAUGGAGAGACUGACUCUCACUAAAAAACUCGUUGAUGCUGGUGCGCAUCCUCUCGAAAUCAACAGAGCUUUGGUGCACGCCAUCACUACGUACCCCGAGGACGUAUCGCUACAGAAUGCCUUGGCGGCGGCUGCUGAUACGUCGGACGGUGAGGCACUGUCACUGUCAAUAUCGAAGGAAUCACCUGAAACGAUGGACCUGCUGCUGUCGAAAUCACACUCUUCUCUGGAAACUCGAAGUGCCAUGCUUGUCAAGGCCAUGGAGGUCAAAAACCGAACGGCAAGACAUCACAUGUGUAAGAAUCUGUUAAGACUUGGCGUGUCAACAGAAACAGCAUCCAGUGCUCUGCUAGUAGCAGCCAGAGACGGGGAUGUUAAUCUUGGAGACUUACUCAUGGCGCACGGCGCGAGCAUCGCAACCAACAAUGGCCAAGCCAUCAUCGAGGCCUGCCGUGGAGGUUCGGCAGAGAUCUUAAGUGUGCUCUUGAAACAGGAUGGACACACGAACAAAAGUAUCAUGGAGGCUGGUUUCCAGGCUGCCACCGAGGUUCGAGAUCUGAGCAAGCGCGCUGUCGUCUUUGAGCAGUUGUUGAAGAAAGGCGUGACUGGUGACUUGGUGGAUGCCCAACUACAAUCUGCGGCUCGAUAUGGCGAAGACGGCCAAGCGGUAUUGCGAGUGCUACUCGCUGCUGGCGCGGACCCCAACUUUAACAAUGGUGAAUGCGUUGUUGCCGCCACGAGGAGCGCCUUUAUUGGCAGCCUAGAAUUGCUACUAGGACUCUGGGAUGAAGGAAGCCACCAGAAGAAAGUUUCUCAGCCCACGUUGUCGAGAUCGCUCAAAGCGUGCUGGAACCUGAGUCGUGAUAGCCGAUUCCAAGUUGUCAACGAUCUCAUCAAAGCAGGCUUGCGGCCCACAGACGAUAUGCACAUUGCAUUAAAUGAAGCCAUCAAUGAAGAUGAUCCAGAAGAACGGCUUGUCAGGCUCUUGCUGAAUCACGGCGCGUCACCAGCAGCCAAUGGUUGCAAGACCCUCGUAGAUGCAGUGAACAACUCUGCCUCGUCAUCGCUGGCACUUCUCCUGGAAAAAAAUCUGUCACAGGAAGACAUAAGCCGUGCUUUCAAUCAAGCAUUCACUACUGAGACGUUUGCCAAGUGGUUCACCGACCGCGGCUAUGAAACAGCCAAUCUUCUGUUGGACAAGGGAGCCCACGGUGCAUCCCUUAGCGGUGCAUUAGUUCUUACAAUGAGGAACUCUACAGUUGAAACUGAGAUGUUGGCUGACAAAUUUGUCACGUUGCUGAUCAAGCAUGGCGCAGACGUGAAUUACAACAAUGGGGAGCCACUUCAGCAAGCGGCCUCCAAAGCAAAUGUUUCGUGGACAAAGCAGCUUCUAGAGUGUCGACCAACUAUUUCGACAUUGUCGCUGGCAUUUCAAUGCAUCUUCGACACGGCAUUAUCUCAAGAUGAGGUGCUUGAUUUGUUCAAAAUGUUUGCAGAAUACAGGGACGGGGACGUCAGAAUUGAUGUUUUAAGCAGCCAACAGGGAUCAGAGCCCGUCCUUGUACGGGCCAUUUCGCAAUAUCCGAGAUCAACGACUAUUCUAGAGACUUUACUUGAUGCCGGUCUCUACCAUGAUCAAGCCACUACAUACAAGAUUCACGCAGAUGUUGACGAGGAAGAAGUCAUGACACUUCUGACAUGGGCAAUUUCACAGCCCCAAAAGCGAGUUAGCACCUCCGUGAUUGAGCUGUUACUUGCUCGUGGUGCCAAAGUAAAUGCGGAGACGAGUUUAUCUCGUACUACACCACUCAUGCUUGCUAUCCAGACCCGACGACCUGAUCUUGUCAAGAUCCUUCUACUUGAAGGUGCGGAAGUCGACGUCUUGGACUACUUGGGAAGAACACCAUUAUCCAUGGCUACAGACAUUGGAGGCGAUAUCUCGGCACAGAUCAUGUCACUCCUCCUCGCUGCUGACCCCUCUAGGGACGAUGGCUCCCUCCACAACGCCUCCCGUGACCUCAACCUGCCCGUCGUCAAAGUCCUGGUCCAGUCCGGUCACGAUCCUGAUUUCCCCAGUCCUUUACACGAGGGACGCAGUGCUCUCGCGGAGGUAUGUCUGCAUGGAUCAAAUAGAGGCGAAAUGAACGCGGAUCGCGAACGCACUAUGCAAAAAGUCAUGACGUUCCUCAUCGACAAUAAAUCUGAUCUGUCGAUAAAGUCAAAUGACAAGACUCUCUUGCAGUUGUGUUUUGAGGCCUCUGACCCUGUUGCUACGACACGAUGUUUCCUCAAAUCCGGCAUGUGGAAGCUCAUUAACAAACCAUUCAACUUUUACACCUCGGAAGGAUACACCUACUCCCCCACCAUGUAUAUCAAAAAAAUCCUCCCGCAAACAGACAUUUAUGAUGCCCUUCUCAAGGUACUCAAGGCCAAUCGCGCCAGCGAUGUCUACUACGCCGUAUCCGGGGCACAACCCCCUGACGCGAUCGGCCUCCCCGAAGACAUGGCCGUUCAGGAACGAGCUCGCAAAGCCCGUCUAGAGCGUCUCGCAGAAGAAACAGAAGACUUUUCCAUAGUCAUGGCUCGAAAGCGGGAAAUUGCGUCCGUUGAGCAGCAAAUUCUCGCCCAAAAGGCCGAAAUGGAAGACAUGCGCCGUCGCAAGCUACACAAUGAAGACAUUGCCGCCGUACGGUCCAAAGCCCAAGUCGAAGAAUCACUCGCUAGUGCCGCUCAUACCCGCAGGCUGCAAGAGCAUCACUCACUUGCGGAAUCAUCCAUCUCACGUAGCAGAGCACUCGCAGCUUCAGAGCUGGAGGCCGAAGAGGCAAGACAGAGGAAGGCCCUGGAAUGGGAGACAAGGCUGAAUACAGAAAGAGUUGAUAAUGCGCGGGCACUGAGCUCGAUUAGGAUCAGUGAGAGGCAGGAGGUCGAGAGGAUUGAUAAGGGUGCGGAGGCGAGGAUAAAGGGGCGGCUAGAAGCGCAGAGGAAAUUGGUGGAGAGUCAGGAGAAGUUGGCGAAGAGGUUGGCUGAUGGGCCAGGUGCCGGCAUCAAUGAUCCGAGAAGACAAAUUGGCUAUGUGACGGAGUUGAGUUAA